AUGCCACUAACUCAAUCGAAGCCACCGUCACACUCGUACGAGCUAGCACCAGUGCACAAUACCAAAAUUGAAUCGACAGAGCCUACAUUAACCCAAAAACCUCCCGUGACCGAAGAAUCUGCCCAUCAUGGAAUCUUCUCCCAGCACAGAUGGGGUCUCGAGAUACUGUCAGGGCGAGAUGAGGGCUAUUUGCCUUUGGAUAACGACAUUACGGAAUGUACUCUUAGUUACGUUGCUUAUAAAUACACAGACGCUAGGGCAAAUGGCAGCGUCUUUUCUUUCGGCAACAUCCAUGUCGUCGAUCUUGAGUGGGCGGCUCGAUCUCAAAGCCCUCAGAUACCUCGCCUUGUCAGCUCUCCUGUCAAAGCCGGUAUACCUGACUUCCGCCGACUUUCCAGCUGGAGUUUGUGGAAGGAGACUGACAGCCUAAAACAUGGAUUGAGCGCCGUACUUGGUGAUAAGGUGAACCUGUCCCGCGCCUUCGACAACAUGGCGAGCAUUGGACCAGGGCUUGUAGAACUGGCUUCACUGUUGUUUGCUGUCGCCACGAUAUUCAGUAGUGCCAGAAAGCAAAAGAUGCCUCUUUGGAAGUCUUCGGCGCUGGUACUUCUGGCUUGUCAGCACGACCCAGAUGAAGGUCUAAUCCGGGGAACUUCUGAGAGUGUCACUGAACUUGGGAAGAGGUCUAGGAUUGAGCCUCAUAUGAUGCGCGGAAGAUUGGACAAGUAA